AUUUUAUACAAAAUAUAAUUUUAAUUUAUAGUUCAUUUGCAGCUUUUUUCUAGACAAAGUAGCAAAUUUCUAAACUGCAUUCGUCAUUCUACAGGUAGCCGUUUCCAUUUUAGUGUAGUUCGGUCUCCAAGUUUCAACUUAAACGUCUCAAAAAUUGGUUUAUUUCGUCUAAUUAUAUUGCAGUUUUACCUAAACUCGAAGGUGAAAAUCUGUAAAAGUAUAAACAAAUCAGGAAAAUCUUCCAGAAAUUAAAUAUUGAAAAAAAAAAAUAAGGUCCUACCGGUUUUUGAUCCUGCCGCUUGUAUAUUUCCCUCUUCCCCUUUAUUACUUCUUUUUUGAUAGUUACAACUAAACAAAAAGCUUUGAAGACAAAACGGAAAUGGCAGCCGUAGUACGGUUCAAAAAGAAAUGGUUGUCUCUGAUAGCUGUGGUAUUUAUAAUACUAUGCUUACUAUUUGAAGUGAGCCGAUUUACAGCACAACCAGCACCACCUCUCCCACUUGUAGACACACCGUCUUACUGGCCAUCACCGGUCGAGCAAGCCAUUUGUCAGCCAAAAAUCUAUGUAUAUAAAGCACAUGACAGUUUUCAAGUUCCCAAAUCUACACAAGACAAUCGCUGUCAUGAAUCCAAUUAUAACUCUGAAAUUAUCCUCCAUAAUCAACUUGUUGAUUCUUCCAGUCCGUUUUAUCAAUUUUAUGUCACUGAAAAGCCAGAAGAAGCCGAUUUUUUCUUUAUACCCUUUUUCGGUGCUUGUUACCUUUACAACUGUUGGUCAAAACAUAAUUGGAAUUGGGAUGAACGUUGCGAUGUCGAUCUGCGAUACGUUGAUCCGAUGAUGGACAUGGUCAUAAACGAGUAUCCCUAUUGGAAUCGCUCAGGUGGCAAAGAUCACAUCAUGAUCCACCCAAUGGACAAGACAUUUACUUACUAUGAAAGUAACCAGAGAUUUCAACCUGCAAUUUUUUUGAAAACUGUAGGUGACAAAAGAGAAAAGUGGGCUCAUCGACAUCGAUACGAUCGAGAUAUUGUGAUUCCUUCCGCUACACGUAUGAUUCAUCAUCUAAAAGCCGACCCUAUGAAAUACCUUACACCUGAUGGCCAACCCAAGAAAGGCACAAGGGACAUUUUUGUCUUAUUUCAAGGCUGUUGUCCUGAAGUUAAGCCAGAGGACGUCUAUUCUAACGGCAUACGAUCUUUAUUUUUCAACCAUUUCAAAAAUUACCGUGGAUAUGAAAUCGGACAGGUGAUUGCAGACGAAGAGUAUAUUCAAAAGCUUGCUCGUGCCAAGUAUGGAUUAAGUCCCAUGGGUUGGACUUUGGAUACCACUCGUAUUUGGGAGUUUAUUGCUUUUGGCGUUGUACCUGUCGUAAUUGCAGAUGGCAUCGUUGAACCCUUCGAGUUCGAUGUGGACUGGGAUUCUUUCGUAGUAAAGAUUCGCAGGGAUGAAGUGCAUCGCCUGGACGAUAUUUUGAGGUCUAUUGAUGAAAAAACCUAUGAAUAUAAACGUCGAAAGCUAUGGGAGUACGGACGACGAGUCGGGUUAGAACAAGACGCCUGGCAUUUUAUCGUACGCCAAUUAUGUAGAAUAGCAAAUAUCCAUGAACCUGUCAACCUUGGUUUAGGUUAUUAAUAUAGACUCUAGCUCAACCUUAUUUAUUUCUAUCAUUUAUUUCUAUCAUUUUUCAAGGACA